CAUACAACACCACUUCUCCUCUGCAGGCUGCACAUGCAGGAGCUCCACUAAAGCCAGCCGUGGCUGCAGGGAUGGCAGAAGGCAAACCCUAUCGCUAUGGGCUGAUAGUGGCGGGGAUGUGUGUGUCAGUGCUCGGCCUCUUCAUCAUGACGCAAGACCAGCCACACAUCUAUGUCACAAUGUGCGUUCUGGGUGUCGUCAUGGUGGCUGUUGGGACUGUGUGGAGCCUCUGCCAGUGCUAUCCCAAGAUCACGCUGGCUGGUGAGCUCCAGGACAAAAGUCAAAAGGAGCAGAUGUGCACAUCAGCUGAAGCACAGCCUAAAAGGGACACUGAGGGUCUGGCAACAUUCUAUGGUGAAAAGAUAACCAACCGGUGUCAUAGCUGUCCCACACUGCAGUUGGUCUGAAGGAGAGAGGAAGAGAGCAAAGCCAUAUGCAGGAUAGUGAGGAGAUAUAUAGCUGAGGUUUCAUGUUAAACAUUCCAAAAGUUCCACAAAUGUAUGACUGUGACUGUAGAAAAUUUCCUGUCAUAUGCAAAAUUUUGGACUGAAAUGGCUUGUUUUGCAGUUCUGUGACAUAUGUAACACAAGUCCAUAUCUGACUUAAAUUGUGAGAUACUACACCCAUUGAACUGGUCUGCACUAUGUAUGACACGCCCAUCCGGUUGCAAAGAAGAACGUAACCACUAUCCAAUAGGGCAUUAAGGACACUUCACAAGAAUGUGAUGCUGUUUCUACCAAAUGUCACAUGACUGUCAAAAGUAGUGGAAUAUUAUUGGGUUACAUAGAUGCAUAUUAUUUGACAGCUCCCUCUUUUGUUUCUUAAAUCUAUAAUCACAUUUGUGGGUCUGGUGGUGCCACAGCUGUCAUGAUGCCUGUUCUGGGCUCUUGUUAUGAUUUUGUCUCAUGUUUGUAUCUAUGCCUUGCCUCUUUGAUCCACUGUCUUUGAUUUUCUGUUUGUUAUAUUGUAGUCACUGGUUUUGUUUCUGUUUAUCAUUUUCCGUUUAUCAUACUUUAGCCCUGUGUCUAGUUCUUUUGUAGUUUCUGUCCAACCUUUGUUUUUCUCCAUUGUGUAAUCAUUAGUUGUACCAUCUAUUAUUCUU